UACAUCUCCAGAGAAGAGACAGACACUUUCACUGGAAGGUCCAAUUCUGACAUUUUGAUAGAAUUGAAAAUAAAUUAAUCAGUAAUCAAAACAUACAAAGCUAAAUCGUUCGCAAUAAGAUCUACAACAUGCAUUUAAAAAAACAGAUGAUGAUUUCAUGCCGAUUUUAAGGAAGACUUGGAUCAUGAGGGUGUCUCUCUCUGUCAAGCAAACCCUGUCCCCGUAAGCGGCUGUCUCUAGGACCCGCGCGCGGAGCUGCUGUCGGAGCGGCCUCUGCAGUCAGUGAGAGCGGAGCAUCUGGAAGAGAGCUGGCCGGCUGGGGAGGUGGUGGAGGACGGGGAGAGCGAAGCAGAAGGAGGAUCCGGGAGUCAGCGAAAACAAAAAAGGGGUCAGGCCUGGAACUUGGCGAAGCGGGGGAUCCUAAAGAAGGAGGGUCAUCAUUUUUACCCCCUUUUUCGUUCUUUUAUUUUUGUUUUGAUCUUUUUCGACUUUUGCAUUGUGUUCAACAGUCACUCAUUUGGCGAUGCCGUCCAAUACAGUCACCACCGCCGCCGCAUUCAAGAGCGCCGACUUCAACUGUGACACGAACGGAAAUCAAAUGAAUGAGAACUCUAGAACGGACACCGUGAUUAUUGACGAGAUGCCUUCGCUCUGCACUCCUGUCCGCAAGGUUGGACGUCCUGGCCGCAAACGCAAGCAGCUCCCCGUGGAGUGUUACAGGCCAGUGGAUCAGUUGGUGGGCGUGGCUAAGCAGCACAAAGGGGUGGAGCUCCAGUCAUCUUUGCAGUCCCAGAAUGGAGAUGUUGAGAGGCAUGAGAACAAAUCGUGCGAAGGUCGCCACCCCACGCUGGACAAGAAUGCUGUGGAAAACGGGCUCCCACGCCAAUCAGGCUGUCGGGCCGAGUCGGCCUCUGAUUCAAGCCUGAGCCCAUCCCAGGACUCAGAGAAGUACGAAGAGGAGACACUGCCAACUCUGCCUCGCAAGAAACGAGGGAGACGGAAGCUGGAGCGGCCGACGAAAUACGUGGAGCACAAGGAGGACGAGGGUGGGGACUCUGCAAAGAAUGAGGGAGCUCGAGGGAGGCUCCGUGGGGGAGUGGGCUGGGAAGUCAGCCUCCGUCAAAGACCCAUGCCCAGAGUAACCUUCCAGGCCGGUGACCCUUAUUACAUUAGCAAGAGGACCAGGGAGGAGUUGCUGGCAAAGUGGAAGUUGGAGUUCCCUACGUUGCAGGCAGAGAAGAAGGCAAAACUGGUGUCUGUGAUGAACACAAUGGAGGACCAUGGCGAGGUAGAGUCGGAGCCUCAAAAAGACAGCUCCAUAGUCACCGUCCCACUACUCUUUCCUCCACCGACGCCGCCAACACAGCAGCAACCGCCACAGCCUCAAGCUCAACCUCAGACCAACCUCAAACCCCAGCCUUCUCCCCAGCAGCAACCUCCACCAUUCCAACAGCAACAGCAGCAGCAGCCUACGGACCCAGCCUCUCCAACUGUUGCCACCACCCCAGAACCCGUGUCUAUAGGGGACGGAGACAAGACUUCACCCAAGUCCACUGACACAGAGUCAGAGUACGAGGAUGGCCGAGGUUUCGGCAUUGGUGAGCUUGUGUGGGGAAAGUUACGAGGAUUCUCCUGGUGGCCCGGCCGAAUUGUGUCCUGGUUAAUGACUGGACGCAGCCGGGCAGCUGAGGGCACUAGAUGGGUCAUGUGGUUUGGUGAUGGCAAGUUUUCUGUGGUCUGUGUUGAGAAACUGUUGCCUUUAAGUUCCUUCCACAACGCCUUUCACCAGCCAACAUACAAUAAACAACCAAUGUACAAGAAAGCCAUCUUUGAAGUGCUACAGGUAGCCAGCACUAGAGCAGGCAAAACCUUCCUCACAUGCCCAGAGAGUGACGACACUGACACUUCUAAGUCAGUAGACAUGCAAAACAAACAGAUGAUUGAAUGGGCCAUGACAGGAUUUCAACCCACAGGACCUAAAGGUCUAGAGCCGCCUGAAGAGGAGCGUAACCCCUACAAGGAAGGGUAUCCAGAGAUGUGGGUGGAGCCAGAGGCGGCGGCCUACACGCCCCCACCAGCAAAAAAGCCCCGCAAGAGCACAGCCACAGAGAAACCCAAGGUCAAAGACAUCAUUGACGAGCGGACUCGAGAGAGGCUUGUAUACGAAGUUCGUCAGAAAUGUAGAAACAUUGAAGACAUCUGCAUCUCCUGUGGCAGCCUUAAUGUUUCCCUGGAGCACCCACUCUUCAUUGGAGGAAUGUGCCAAAGCUGUAAGAACUGCUUCCUAGAAUGUGCGUAUCAAUACGAUGAUGAUGGCUACCAGUCCUAUUGUACUAUCUGCUGUGGAGGGAGAGAAGUGCUCAUGUGCGGAAACAAUAACUGUUGCAGGUGUUUCUGUGUGGAGUGUGUGGAUCUGUUAGUGGGGCCCGGCGCGGCACAGGCAGCAAUUAAAGAAGAUCCGUGGAACUGUUAUAUGUGUGGGCCGAAGGCUCAGUACGGCCUGCUGGAGCGCCGAGCGGAUUGGCCUUGCAGACUGCAGCACUUCUUUGCCAACAAUCACGACCAGGACUUUGAACCACCAAGGCUCUACCCUCCGGUUUUGGCGGAGAACAGAAAACCCAUUCGUGUCCUGUCACUUUUUGAUGGGAUCGCAACAGGGCUGCUGGUUCUGAAGGAGCUGGGUAUCCAGGUGGAGCGUUACGUGGCCUCAGAAGUGUGCGAGGACUCCAUCACUGUGGGCAUCGUUCGGCACCAGGGACGCAUCAUGUACGUGGGUGAUGUGAGAAACGUCACCCGUAAAAACAUUCAGGAAUGGGGUCCUUUUGAUCUUGUCAUCGGUGGAAGUCCGUGCAAUGACUUGUCCAUAGUGAAUCCUGCAAGAAAAGGUCUCUACGAGGGCACGGGUCGACUCUUCUUCGAGUUUUACCGGCUCUUACAUGAGGCCCGACCUAAAGAGGGAGAUAACAGGCCGUUCUUCUGGCUCUUUGAGAAUGUGGUGGCCAUGGGUGUCAGCGACAAGAGGGACAUCUCUCGCUUUUUAGAGUGCAACCCAGUGAUGAUCGAUGCCAAGGAGGUGUCUGCUGCCCACAGAGCGCGCUACUUUUGGGGUAACCUGCCUGGCAUGAACAGACCGCUGACCGCCAUGUGCACUGAUAAACUGGACCUUCAAGACUGUUUGGAGCAUGGCAGGACAGCUAAGUUUGAUAAAGUGCGGACCAUCACCACUCGGUCAAAUUCCAUAAAGCAGGGCAAAGACCAGCACUUCCCUGUCUUCAUGAAUGACAAAGAGGACAUCCUGUGGUGCACUGAGAUGGAGAGAGAGAUCUCGAGGGCCCGCUUCAGUGAACAGGUGUUCGGCUUCCCUGUGCAUUACACAGACGUGUCAAACAUGAGUCGUCUGGCCAGGCAGAGGCUGCUGGGAAGGUCGUGGAGCGUCCCGGUCAUCCGUCACUUGUUUGCACCACUAAAAGAAUACUUCGCCUGCAUCUGAACUCAAAUCCAGUACAGAUGAGAAAAAUCGAAACCGAUGUAAUACCAAGAGCAUCGAAAGCGAGCUCUCGUAUGUUAUUUGGAAGUUCGACAUCAGAAAAAAAAAAAAAAGAAGGUAUUUCAUGUUUUGUUUUGGUUUUUUUCUUCUGGUUUGGAAUAAUUGACUCUUUUUUUUAAUUCUAUUUAAUUUUUUUUUAUCAUUCAUUUGACUUUUUAGCAGUGUUAUCCAGUAUUUGAUUUAUGUGUGCAAGCUAUACUUGAGACAUGGCCUCCUUUUCGGGCACUGAGAGACGAUGCAACAAGAAACGAGAAAUUCGUUGAGACGGAAAUCGCAUUUAGUUCGCCCAAACAUUUCGCCUCCUGAGUUUUUCGACUGUCGGGUCGCGGAUCGAUCUAAUUCCCGCGGGGCGUGUCUCUUUCCUCUCCUCCAGCGUCUGAGCCUUGGUAAGAGCGGGAAAAAAAAGUUUUCUCUUAGUGUCAGGGGAGCUCUGUCUUAAUCAAUCCAAAACACCAGAUCACAAAUACCUCUUUGUUUACAGUUUCUAUACACAACUGAAGGUAAUAAAGGUACUACUGUAAUAGGUGACAAUAUGGUGCUUCAAGGUGGUGAAAAACAUUGCAACUCAUGUGGUGCUACUACUCGGAACAAGAUCAUGGGGUCACGUUUUGUACCAUCGCCAGGUUAAACGAACGACUGAAACGUUGAAAAAAACAAACGAUGAAAAAAAAUGACAGGUCAAGCCAGGUCUGCCACAUCUCAUUUUAUAUCUUUUACAGCCUUUUUGUACAAUAUUCUCUGGUGCUCUUUUCAAAAAAAGACAAAAACACGCCUCAGCCUUUCAGUCUUUGAGGUCUGCUUCCUUCAGUAUGCCUGCAAUCCGAACGCAUGAAACCAGCCACAUGGGCGGUGAUGUUUUUGUCAUCCAUACCUUGAAAUCAAAGGCUGUGGUGAGCUACUUUUUUUCUAGUGUCACACAGGCCAGAAUCAUUACUGUACAACUCUUAGCGCGCGUGGCGGCCGCAGGAAGAAUGGCGUCGGUCGGUCGGUCGGUCGGUUGUUUUGUCGGCCAGGUGAAUCAGCCUUCAACUGCGGCGUCCGCAGGCUAUUCUCAGUCAGGUGCAAAACUUUAAAGGUGCGGCUUCACAAUGUUCUUCUACCUUUUAAUAGCUAUUUUUUGUGCUGUGUUACCAACAAUAUCGAGCACUUUUGUAUAUGUAUACUUCUUUAUUUCUUUGAUAUUUUUUUUUAAAUCUUUCUCCUUGAUUCUUGUGAAUUGUUCUUUUUUUUUUCGGUUAUGUUUAAUGAUGUGAAACUCUUGCCGUUAUAUAAGGUAAUACUUUGUUGUGUACAGUAGGGCUGUGCCAAUAGAUGUGAACGAAUGAGCUAGGAUAGAAUAAAUCCGUCUGUCGUGCCGGUGGUGAAGGGGCCGAAUUCGAAUAGCACCCCUCUCAUGUUUCCAUGUGCUACAGAGUCGCUUUAUCAUAUAUACAGUAUAGUGUCUGCUCACGGUUCUUACCGCUUUAUAUAAUCCCAAAGUGAGUGUGUUUGUUAAGUAUCCCUGUAGGAAAAGUAGUCGGAUGGGGUUAACUACGUCUGGUCCCUAGCGUAGAUCUGAAAACAUUAUUAUGUUUGCCAAUGGUGGAUGUUGACCAUGUCAAUAAUGUAGUUAUCACGCAAGCUAUAUAGGCUAAAUUUGUGAAUCUGGUUAGAAACGGGCUCUGAUGAAAUCCUCGUUAGGCUCUUUUUUAAUUUAAGGCAUUGCACUGCUUACAUACCUUAACAUUCGUCACGUUCAAGCAAAGUUGCUUUUAUUAUUUUCCCAAUUUUAUCGACGCCCAGAUUUGUUUCUUUUUGUACAUUUUGUACAUAGAAAUUGUCUGUUGCUUUUUUUAAUGACCUAUGAGAUGUACAAAUAUAAUUCUUUGCUAAUAUAUAUCAUAGAAUCAAAACAGCACUCAAAUCGCAAGAGGGGGGUAAUUGACAAAAUGGCAACAGGCUAAUUGACAUAAGCUAUAAAGCAGCAGGGUGUCUUUUGUAAUUCAUAUUUAUGUGUGUCAAACGGAGGAUCAAACUAAAGAAUGAGUUCGCUAAGUGAUUUUAACAGUCCCAUCUUUACUGCACAGCCCUACAUACAAAAGUGUGUUUCGAUUUGCUUUUUAAUUCUUGUUUUAAGUACUAAGAGAGGGAUUGUAGGUGUUUCCUAAGGUGCUAAACAUUUUAUCUAAUUGAGAAAAAAAUAUAUUAUUUGGAAAAUAAAUAAACUUGUCUUUUUUCGAUUGUUUCUUGUAGUAUUGGAGAAGCACUAUUAUUUUACUCUCCCGUAUAAAGAUAUUAACAAAGGCAUUUUAACUUUGUACUUGAAAAAAAAUUAUUAUAAAUGAUGAAAGAUUCUUAUAUUGUUUUAGAAUAGACAUUGCUGUAGUUGGUGCUUAUCUGUGGGAAAUCAUGUACUCAUAAUGGGAAAUAAAAAAAAUAAAAAAAAUGUAAUAAAUUUUGCUGUUAACAUGUACUUGCUUAAUAUCCAGGCAGAAUUGCUUCUAAGUCCUACAUUCCAUGCCAUAUAUCCAGCCCUCCAUCUUCUUUUGUUUAAUUUUUUUUUUUUUAGAUUUCUUUUCUGUUUUGUUAAAUUUCAUUUGCUUUAUUUGGGUAUAUAUAUAUAUAGAUAUAUAUAAAUAUUUGGCUGUAACAGCCUCUUGUUUGCUCUCCUAACAGGUUCUCUGUAUAUCUCAGUGACACUGUUGAUAUUUGUGACCUCUGUUGUGUCAUAUAAUCUUUUUUCAAGUCUUCUCUUCUUUUGCAAUCAGCUCAUACAGCAAAUGUAGCAAUCAUUCGCCACCUCUCCCCCUUUCUUUCGUUAUGUGCCCAGAACGAAGAAAAAAGGCUCCUUAUGUACUUGUGCUGGAGAACACUUGAAUAAAUGUAUUGUUUUUUGUGAAAAA